AUGGGCAAACCCGGCCCCUCCGGGACGCAAAAGCGUCGAGCAGACGCCACCGUGGAAGAAAACGUGAGCAAGCGCGUGCUCAAAACCAACCGGUUCGCAGUCCUCGCGGAAAGCGUGGAAAAAAAGGAACGAUGUCCGCCGUUCUAUACCAAGGGCUUUCCGGAAGAGCUCUACUCGAAGCUGGACUACUACGUCAAGCAAGGCCUGCAAAAGGCUGCUGCUCCGAAGCAGAAGGCCACCAAACCUUCCAAGACCGCCGCCAAGAAGCCCAAGACCCCAAAACCGAAGAAGGCUGCCCCAGCCAAGAAAGCUGCCGCGAAGAAGACCGCUGCCAAGAAGUAA